AUGCUCUGGUUCCCCGACAUCAUCAUCUCUGAAAUCAUGGACGGGGAGACUCCUGACACUCCGUAUGUUUACCUCGACAACAAGGGCCAUGUUUAUGACGACCGGACACGGAGAGUGGUCACCUCUUGCCAACUGACCAUCUUCUAUUUUCCAUUUGACGUCCAAAACUGCUCUCUGACCUUCGGAUCGUUUUUGCACACAGCAAGCGACAUUCAGAUCUCAGCGGGUCUCACCUCUGAAGAAAUCCUCCAAGGCUCUCGCGAGGUCAUGUACACCGUGGGCGAGUGGAAGCUUGCAGAUAUACGUCAUGCUCAGAAUGUGCUUGAUUUUGAAGGGUCACGCUAUUCAGAACUCAAGUAUUAUGUAAUAUUACGACGAAGGCCUAUUCGGUACGUGGUGAACCUGCUGGUCCCGAGCAUCUUCAUGGUGACAGUGGACCUUCUGAGUUUCCUGCUGCCUCCUCAGAGCGUGGACAGGUCGUCUUUUAAAAUGACUCUGAUCUUGGGAUAUACAGUCUUUCUGCUCAUCAUGAACGACCUGCUGCCCGUCACUGGGAAUACCAUUCCUCUCAUCAAUGUCUUCUUCUCCAUCACGCUGGCUCUCAUGGUGGCCAGUCUGUUGGAGACGGUGUUGAUCACUAAUAUUCAGUCUCACGGUCAGUACAGGGCAGUCCCGCGCUGGCUCAGAGUGCUCCUGCUGCAGUAUGGGGCCAGUCUGGUGUGUCUCCCACGUCAAUGCGAGGUCAUCAAAGUCACAGUGUCGCUUCCUCAACAGACAGCAAAGGACCUCCAGCUCAGCUCCCAAAAGAAGGACCCCUCAGGAUCUGUCCAGGACUCUACCCUCUGUGAGCUCCUCAGAGAUGUGAGUGCGAUCCGCAGACAGGUGGACGCUCACACCAGAGGGACUGAUGUCAACAAGGAGUGGCACCUGCUCGGCCUUGUAUUGGACCGUCUGCUCUUCGGCCUCUACAUCCUCUUCAUCACGGUCAGCUUCAUCACCAUCGGCUGCAUCUGGACCUUCAACAGUGAAAACUGA